CCAUUUCCAUGAUGAUGCAAGGUAAUACAAUUAGGCAUUUUUUUGCAUAUAAAAAGAACCUGUUUGACAUUUUAUACUUGAGUACUGAAAGGAAGAAAUGAAACUUCUACUUGCUGCCGCCUUGUUCACUGUCUUCUUGGUCGCCGGGGAGGCCGGGCGCUGCCGUUCUCAAGACGAAUGCAAAUCUGACGAAUGCUGCGUUUCGAGGGGAGUUCUUUUUUACAGACGAGGCGAAUGUGAACCGUUGGGUCAGAAAGGACAAAAGUGUAGUGAAAAUCUUGACGCUCGUGGUGAACGCUAUGUAUAUCACUGCCCAUGCGCCGCUGGACUUGCCUGUGAGCUAGAAACAAAAAAUACUUGGUUUGGAACAGUAAAAGUUAAUCCGAAAUGUGUUGAGGACAUUGCUCAUACCACACCAGCUCAGACUGAUAGAACUGAGCAGCCCGAGACCACUCUUGUGGAGAGAGAGACUACCAAUGUGGAUAGAGAGACUACCGAUGUGGAUAGAGAGACUACCAUUGUACUCGAGUCAACAGUGGAAACUCAAGUUCCUGAUGAGGUGUAGGAGAAAAAAUUUCCUCUAGCAAAAUGAAUACAGUACAAUUACAUGGAUGUAAAUUUGAUUAUUAAAUAUAUAGAGAGGUAUCUAUGUACAUUUAAA